UCUUCUUCUGUCAGUGUGACCUGUAGACAAACUUUAGCAGCAGCAGCAUUUCCAUGGGCAGCAAAGUCUUUCACACGCUGCUCUCUGCGGCAGCCCGCUGCCCACAGGCCUUGUUCGGAUGCUGCUACUCUGGUCUCCGGGCCUCCUCCUGGAGCUCCGGUUCUCGAAGACUGAUGUCCAACGGGGAUUCUUCGAUGAAUGUGUUUGACAGACGGAUGAAGAGGAGACAGAGAGACUGGUCUGCAAAGCAACAGGACAGUCACCUGUACGACUAUCUGAGAGACGAAGUCGGCACACGAUUGGCUGAUCGGGUUUAUGACGUCGCUAGAACGUUUCCUCUGGCAUUAGAUGUUGGUAGCGGCAAGAGUCACAUCGCACCACAUUUGAGCAAGGAAGUUGUGGAGCGUUUCUACCUCGCUGACAUCUCAGAGCCUGUGCUGAGACGGAAAAAAGAGGGUGAGAUCCCGACUCACUGUGUGGUAGCUGAUGAAGAGUUUUUACCAUUUGGAGAAAACACCUUUGACCUAGUCGUUAGCAGUUUGAGUAUACACUGGAUUAACAACUUACCAGAAGCCUUCAAACAGAUCCAUCAGGUGCUGAAGCCAGAUGGUGUGUUCAUUGGGGCAAUGCUGGGUGGAGACACACUCUAUGAGCUGAGGUGUUCACUGCAGCUUGCUGAGACGGAGAGGGAGGGGGGGUUCUCACCCCACGUGUCACCGUACACCAGCGUCAGUGACCUGGGGCAUCUGCUGCGUCAGGCUGGCUUCAACAUGCUGACUGUGGAUGUGGACGACGUUGUGGUUCAUUACCCAGGAAUGUUUGAGGUCAUGACAGAUCUUCAAGGAAUGGCAGAAAGUAACUGUCUGUGGAACAGGAGGGCAUUGUUGCACAGAGACACCAUGUUAGCAGCCGCUGCAGUUUAUAAGGACAUGUACAGCAAUGAGGAUGGCUCUGUUCCUGCUACCUUUGAAAUCCUCUACAUGAUUGGCUGGAAACCUCACGAGUCACAGUCUCAACCAGCGAAGCGGGGAACAGCUACUGCAUCCUUUGGGGAUUUGUCUAAGCUCAACAGGCCAACAACAAACCAAAAAGAUAAGUCAUAACCAUCAGAGCUUCGGCCACCACGCACUGGACUGUAAAUACUGGACUUUCUAAACAAAAAUGUAUUGUGACAUUUUUAAGAAUAAAGAAUGACAAUGGACAUAA